UUUUCUUUGAUUUAUAUAUGGCUCUAUUCUCCCAUUUAGUAUCAACUUAUAUUAACCUAUUGUAAUACUUGCAAUAGAAGUAGAGAAAAUUGCUAAUUCCAAUAGAUAGACUUUUAUAAUAAUAAAAUUCUAAGUCUUAUAUUUAGGACUUACUUAAAUAGAGCUCAUCAUGGAUGUUCAUGCCUUCAUAUAUAAAUAUAUAGAACAUAUAUAUCUAAUAGGAAAAUCCCACCAUAAAUAUUAUAUUUUAUACUGUAGAACAAUUCCUAUAAGUGCUAGCACUUAGAGGCAAUCAAUUUCAAUUUUAAGCAAAGUUUCCUUUCCAUGCAUUAGGAAACUUUGGCUAGCCUUGUGUCAGUUUGCAAUAAGAAUUGCAAGUAGUCAGAUCUAAACUUGUAGGCUAACGGAUCAUCAACAUGGCUGGCUGGCAGAGAUUGUUUUCGAUACUAUGGCUAAUCUUUACUCCAAUAUACCCUAUUUCUCGGAGCUCCAACGUAGCUGCAACAGCAAAGAAUGAGCCCGCUGGAACAAGAAAGCUUGCCACCGGAAACCCAGGCUCCAUAACCAUCGAUUGUGGGGUGGAUGAAGAUUACCUAGAUGAAAAUGUAGGACUGCAUUACAAGUCAGACAGAGAUUUCAUAAGCACCGGAGAAAAUUAUGAUGUAGAACCAGGGUUCAUUGAAACAGAGGACUUUUUCGAUCGGUUGUGUAAGAAUUUAAGAAGUUUCCCAACGGGAAAGAAAAACUGCUACACUCUUCGACCUGAACAAGGGAAAAAUCAUAAUUACUUCAUCAAAGCUCUCUUUUGCUAUGGAAAUUACGAUAGAAAGAAUGAACCUCCAGAGUUCGAUAUAUAUAUAGGGGUUAACUAUUGGUUGACGGUGGAAGGGCUAUCUAGUACUAGUUGGACAGCAUACUCCAUCUUUCAUUUUUCUUCAACUAAUAUUAUCCAUGUGUGUCUUGUGAACACAAACUUUGGAGUACCUUUCAUUUCAGCAUUGGACCUACACCCUUUGACUGAUUACAUUUACAGAAGUGAGUUUGGAUCAUUAGACCUUUAUGCAAGAUAUCAACUUAGCCAUCCAACCGACUUGAAUUUUAGGUACAAGGAUGAUGUCUUUGAUCGCAUCUGGACAACUUAUGGGUUCGAUCAUUCGAUUUGGGUCAAUGCCACAUCAAACAUACAAUUCCAGGAUGAUUCCUAUAAACUACCCGUUGAAGUGUUGAGAAUCGCGGCCCAACCCCAUACUCACCUUGACUCAUUGACAUACAACGAUAGCUUUAGCUGUACCCCACCAUGUUAUUUUUAUGUCUACUUUCACUUUGCUGAAAUUGUAAAGAUUCCGCACGGUCAACGAAGAGAAUUCACAAUUACUCUGAAUGAUCUCAACCAUGGUCCCUUUAGCCCGGAAUUCUUAAAGCCACAGACUAUAGUUCUUAAUUUAUCAACUCAAGGAGAUAUUUACUUUACUAUCAAUUCAACAAACAACUCUAACCUUCCACCCAUUCUCAAUGCCUUCGAGAUUCACAAGGUUCUUGAGUUUCCUCUUUCUCCAACAGACCAAGCAGAUGCUGAUGCAAUACUGGCUGUCAUGCAAUCAUACAACAUAAAUGGAUAUGAAAUGCAAGGAGACCCAUGUGUGCCAAGAGUUCUUUCAUGGAAUGGUUUGAAUUGUAGUUAUGACAACAAUCCUCCAAGAAUCAUCUCUCUGGACCUCAGUUCAAGGAAAUUGACUGGGGAAAUAGCUUCGCCACUCUCCACUCUCAAGGCAAUUCAGUCCUUGGAUUUAUCAUACAAUAAAUUGACUGGAAUUCUGCCCAAUUUUUUAGCGGAACUGCUGAAUUUAACUUGGCUGGAUUUAUCAUACAAUGAAUUGACAGGGCCGGUGCCAGAAUUUUUAGCACAAUUGCCAAAUUUAAAUACUUUAAAUUUAACUGGGAACAAGCUCACUGGAUCCAUUCCACAGUCCCUUAUAGAAAAGUCUAAUAAUGGAACAUUGCAGUUAAGCUUCGACAAAAACCCAAAAUUAUGCCAGUCGGAUUCAUGUGAGAAAAAGAAGCAUUUUCUUCUUCCAGUUGUUGCGUCAAUUAUGUCAAUAUUGAUGCUUUUACUCCUAUGCAUGAUAGCUAUAUCUUGGAGAUAUGGAAGACAGCAAGCGAUAGCAGAAACACAAAAAUCAAAGAAUCAGACCUUUAGUUACUCAGAGAUUGUUAGUAUUACUGAUAACUUUAAAACCACCAUUGGAGGAGGGGGCUUUGGAAAAGUUUACUUUGGGACUCUAAAAGAUGGCACUCAGGUUGCAAUUAAGCUGUUAUCCCAAUCAUCAAAGCAAGGCUACAAGGAAUUUUUGGCAGAGGUGCAGCUAUUGGUGAUUGUUCAUCAUAGGAAUUUGGUUUCACUGAUUGGGUAUUGCAAUGACAGUCAUAACAUGGCAUUAGUAUACGAGUACAUGGUUAAUGGGAACUUGCGAGAGCAUUUGUCAGAGACAAGUGGAAGUGUUCUGACUUUGAAAGAGAGAUUUCAAAUUGCAGUAGAUGCAGCUUAUGGUUCUCAAGCGAAUCCAUUUCUAUUUUUCUUUACUUUUGGCUUCCCCAUUCAUCAUUCCUAUCCGUGGCCAACUGGUUUUGCAGGACUGGAGUAUCUACAUAAUGGUUGCAGACCAACGAUUAUCCACAGGGACUUGAAGACUUCCAACAUCUUAUUGAACGAAAAAUUGCAAGCAAAGAUCGCUGAUUUUGGAUUGUCUAGAGCUUUCACCAAUGAAAGUAGUUCACAUGUAUCAACUUGCCCUGCUGGCACAUUUGGUUACGUCGAUCCUGAGGUUCUUGCAUCAGGAAACUUUAACCAAAAAAGUGAUGUUUAUAGCUUUGGGAUUAUUCUACUUGAGCUCAUAACCGGUCAGCCUGCAAUAAUAAGAAACACCGAUGCGGGCUACAUUUGCAUACAUCAGUGGAUUAGACCUAUGAUUGACAGGGGUGAUAUUCAAACCAUUGUUGAUCCUAGACUGCAAGGAGAAUUCGAUGCCAAUUCAGCUUGGAAAGCUAUGGACAUUGCCUUUUCCUGUGUAUCACACCCUGCAGUACAGAGGCCAGACAUGAGUCAUGUAGUAGCUGAAUUACAGGAAUGCUUGGCUAUAGCAAUGGCUGUUGAAGAAUCCCGAACAAUGAAAACCAGGCUCAUAAGAUCAAGCAAUUCACUUCUAAUGAGCCAUUUGAAUAUUGAUACUGAUAUGGCUCCUAGUCCAAGGUAAAAGCUGAAGUAUACAUCUCAUAUGUACUGGCUUGAAAUUUCAAACUUCUUCUUGUAGACAAAAACUGUUAUAUUAAUGUAUUAAGCUGCACCUAUAAUUUAUUUCUGAAGUUUAUUGGAGAUGUAUAAUUAUCAUUACAAAAUAUUGGAGAUGGCAACGGUUCGGAUAUUUGUAGGUAUCUGAUUCAAUCGAAUUUUAAUAGAACGAGAUUGGGACGUUAUUGAGUUUGA